GGAGCCUAGGUGGCAGGAGAGUCACCAACGUGCUGGCCCGGAAGACUCCAAACAUUUCCUCCCACUGCCGUAGCGUUGGGUACUUUCAACCUCUCGCAGAGGAGAACUUUAAUGAAAUAAUAUUGCAACAAUUUGGUUUAAAAUGUCGACCGAAACGUCCACUGUAAAUGAUGUCCCAGAACUUCAUCGUCGUCUCGCAGAGUUAGAUCGGAGGUAUGGGUACCUCUACCCUGCUAACAUGAAUUCUCACAGGCUAACGGAACAGCGGGUCAGGCCGCGACCCCGUGCCGCGCCCAGACCCCAGGCUGAAAGAGCGCCUGUUGUUCCAGAACCAGCGGCAACGGAAGUUGACGAUUGUGAGCGCUUGGGUACGUUCUUCGGUGAGCUGAACAAGUGCCUGCGACAGAUAGGAUUCACGCAGCUGUACUUCGGGGAGAAGAUCGUGGAGCCAGUGGUGUACCUGCUCUUUUGGGCAUUGAUCUGGUUUCUGGGCAUCCAGGCGCUGGGCUUGGUCGGAACCCUGUGCAUUGUCAUCAUCUACAUGCAGAAGUAGCCUAAUAAUCUACAGUCACCCACAAGUCAGACUGGGCAAAACGUGAAGGAAAUGUAUACGUUUGCAGUGUGCCUCCCUCACUGUGUGUGCGUGUGUGAGUGAGUGAGACCUAUGAAGAGUGAGAGAGCGUACAAGAGGCACAUGCCUACAUAUCAAACUGUCUACCCAAUAGCUAGUAAGAUACAAAAUAGAGGUAAUGCUUUCUAACGGGUUUUUCUACCUUGAGUUUUUUUUUU